GUGAUUUGAUAGCAGUAGAAGACCAAUCUGCAUAGAUUAAAGUUGGAUUUGUACCAUUUCGUGUUAGAGGUAAACAGUGACAAUGGCAGGAACAGAAGGACCCCUGAAGAGUUUGUUUGAGAAUAAGGCUCUUAGUAAGCAUAAGAAAGAUGAGAAGCGGCUGUCUGUGGAGCGGAUCUAUCAGAAGAAGACCCAGCUGGAGCAUAUCCUGCUCCGGCCUGACACCUACAUCGGCUCUGUGGAGCCCGUCACUCAGCAAAUGUGGGUGUUUGAUGAGGAUGUGGGGAUGAACUGCAGAGACAUCACAUUUGUGCCAGGACUCUACAAGAUCUAUGAUGAGAUUCUGGUGAAUGCUGCUGAUAACAAACAGAGGGACAAGGCUAUGAACUGCAUCAAGGUCAAUAUUGACCCCGAAAACAACACCAUCAGUGUGUGGAACAAC